AGACCGGUGGGGACGGGGCGGGGCGCAGCUUUGCGGAGCCUUAGCGCAGGGCUGGGGAGGGGGGGCGGCCGAAAGGGGGGCGGUGGUCGGGCCGCGCAGGCGGAGAUGGAAUGGGGCCCGGGCUCAGACUGGUCACGGGGGGAGGCUGCCGGCGUGGACCGUGGGAAGGCGGGGCUGGGGCUCGGCGGGAGGCCACCCCCGCAGCCGCCCCGGGAUGAGCGCGCCCAGCAGCUGCUGGAUGCGGUGGAGCAGCGGCAGCGGCAGCUCCUGGACACCAUCGCCGCCUGCGAGGAGAUGCUGCGGCAGCUGGGCCGCCGGCGCCCGGAGCCGGCUGGUGGCGGGAACGUCUCAGCCAAACCUGGAGCACCCUCCCAGACAGCUGUCUCCGCCAGAGGUGGCUUUCCAAAAGAUGCCGGCGAUGGAGCUACGGAGCCCUGACCAUCCCCGAGCCGGGCGCCCUGACUUCUCUCCCUCCCCAGGGCUGGUAGCUGGACUGUGAACAACUCCCUUUCAAUAAAGGGGCCAGUCUUCACUGGCAGUGGCUGGUACUUGGCUCUCAGCCGGGGUGGCAGCUCUGCUAGCAGCUGGGUUCACUCCCACUUCAUCCUGGCUGAAGGCAGUGCUGAGCUCUGAAAUGUAGCCAACGAAUACCCAGUCUGAUUACCCAGAUUUGGGCAGACCAGCAGUGCUCGCCAGAGUGGUUUGGCCUGCUUUGGGGGAUCCAGGUCGUGUUACAUGUCCAUUUCAUGCUUUGGGGGCUCCUAGCCCCACAAAACACUUUUAGCAGAGCCUUGAUUAAAAGGAAACCUGCAGACUCUCCUGGUGACCGACCUUUCCUUUCUGUCCCCUCUCUAAAACUCUGAUGGCUGGGGAGGGGUGAAGUGGUUGAAAAUUGUCAACCAUGGGUAGGGUUGGGAAGAAAUGCCACAGAUACUACCAGAUUUAAAUAAGCAUUUAAUUAGGAUUUCAUUAGUAUUUAAUAUUGCUUUUUCAAUUCCAAAAAGUUAAAUUUUCACUUCUUAGCAGAUAUUUUAAAGUACAAUAUUAAGUUUAUACAAAAUGAGCAAUUAAGCAAACACCAUUGUUUCACAUUCUUCAAAAAUACAAAUUCAUAUUUAUUCUUUUUUGGGUUUGGAGGUUUCUUCCUUUGGAAGUACUGAACCUGUAACGUUUUCAUAUCGCUCAGUGGAAGUCUGUUGUUCCCAUGUUUCACACUUAAAUAAAUUUGAUAGGCUUUUACAUAAUCCAAAUAAAACUAUUUGGGAUUUAACCAAGACCUCUGGCCAAUGA